AUGUCAGUUGUUGCUACUACCACUACCACCACAAUGCCCACCGCCUCCUCCUUCUCGACCGCCGCCGAGCUCGACGACGCGGUCACCACCCUCCGCCGCACUUUCUAUUCCGGAAAGACAAAGUCGCUUGCCUGGCGCAAGUGGCAGCUCAAGCAGGCAUGGUGGAUGUUGGAGGACAACGAGGAGCGCAUCCUCGCCGCGCUCGAGAGCGACCUCGGCCGGUCCGAUUUCGAGUCCUACAUGUUUGAUAUCUCGCUCGCGCGCCAGGAUAUCCUCGAGGCGCUCGAGCACAUUGACGAGUGGACCAAGGACGAGUACGUCCCCGGCGCGGGCUUCAUCUACGGCACGCUCGGAAAGUCAAAGGUCAAGAAGGAGCCUCUCGGCGUCGCGCUCAUCAUCGGCGCUUGGAACUUCCCCAUCGCGCUCCUGCUUGAUCCUGCGUUUGCCGCAAUCGCAGCCGGGUGCUGCGUCUUGCUCAAGCCAUCUGAGAUGGCCUCCGCCACGCAGGAUCUGCUCAUGGAGCUCGUGCCAAAGUACAUGGACCCCGAGGCCGUGCGCAUCGUCGCCGGUGGGCCGGAGCAGAUGACUAAAGUGCUCGAGUACAAGUUCGACCAUAUCUUCUUCACCGGCUCGGGCAAGAUCGCGCGCUUCAUCACCGCCGCGGCGGCAAAGCACCUCACGCCGACCGUGCUCGAGCUCGGCGGCCAGGGUCCCGCGAUCGUGACCGGGACGGCCGACGUUGAUCUGGCGGCGAAGCGCAUCGCGUGGGCAAAGUUCACAAACGCGGGCCAGAUCUGCUUGUCUGUCAACCACGUGUUUGUCGAUCCGGCGGUGUACGACGAGUUUGUUGCGCGGGCUGGGUUCUGGUUCGACUCUUUCCUGGCGGGCGCGGGAGAGAAGCAAAUGACAAAGAUCAUCAAUGACCGGAACCAUGCCAGACUUAAGAAGAUGCUUGAGGCAUCAAAGGGAAAAAUCACGUACGCGGGCAAGAAGCCGGAGGGUGCCACCGAGUACACCACCGACAGUUACUCGAGCACAAAGUUCAACCCCACCGUUGUCGCUGAUGUGUCGAUGGGGGAUCCUCUCAUGGCCGAGGAGUUGUUUGGACCUAUUCUGCCGGUCAUCAAGGCUGAUUACAAGACUGCCAUCACGGAAAUCAAAAAUCUCGAUCACCCGCUUGCCAUCUAUAUCUUUUCAAAGUCGCAGAAGGAAGUCGACGAGGUCAUCAACACCACCAUCUCCGGAGGUGUCACCGUCAACGACACCCUUGUUCACUACAUCGUUCCCAACGCACCCUUUGGCGGUGUCGGCGAGUCCGGCUCCGGCUACUACCACGGCGCCUACGGCUUCCGCUGCUUCACGCACCUCCGCACAAUCGUGAUGCCCCCGACCUGGAUCGACAAACUCCUCAGCUUCCGCUACGCUCCCUACACCGAAAGCGAUGUCGCGAAGGUGAUUGUCAAGAAGGGCAGCAAGGGCGUCGGCUUCAAGCGCGGCGAGACGAUGGCCGACCAGGAGCGCCUGAGCCUGCACGAGCUGCUCUGCUCGCCGCUGAUCAAGACCGUCGUUCGGAAAACCUUCAGAUGCGCGUUCUUCGCUACCGCGCUCGUCGCCGGUCUGGCGGCAGUCGACGGGCUCCGCGGCGGUGGCCGGUCGCGGUUGACGCUCUACCUUGGCUUUGUGUACUCGAACGUGCUCUCCAAGUUUGACGUCAAGCAGGCUCUGUUUUAG